CUCGAGGCCCGCCCCGAGCCUCUCUGCCCCAGCGCUGAGGAGAACGGACAACGGCCUUCCUUCUCCGGAGCUCCCACACUUUCUCUAACCCCCAGCGGAAGGUGAAGGUGACCCCGUUCACAAACAUGAACCCAGAGGAGAGCGAGACCCCCGCUGGACCGCCCCCAUUCACAAGGAUGAAUGCAGAGGAGAGCGAGGCCCCCGCCGGACCGCCCCUUGUCACCAUGAAGGAGCUCACCUUCUUCCCGGUGUGCGCCGAGUUUAUCAAACUCACCAAAUUAGUGUCUAGGGACACUGAGCAAUUAAAGAUGGUAGAGAUGAGUUUCGUGGCCAGCAGGGAGCACUUCGAUGGGAUAUCGAGUAGAAGUGAGGUCAUACCAGGAAACGACAUCUUCCGGGUGCAGCUGCGAUUCUGUUUAUGGGACACCCAAGGCCCUCAACCGGACUGUCUUCCUCAGCAGUUGAUCAUCAUCGUCAACGGAAAGUUAUGUCUUCCACCCACGGAGGCCAACCGUGAACAUGACAACCGCCCCGUGGAUAUCACCCAUCUCGUGCACCCCUCUGACGAAGCGCCCAACGGUAUCACGCUCCUUUGGUCACUGAGCGACACGCGGGACUUCGCCAUGUCCGUGUGCUUGGUGAAACCACUUACCGCUGAGAUGUUAAUGAAGCAACUGAAGUACAGGGCAUUUUUCCCCUCACACAGGACAUUGACCAUGAUCCGGGAGGCGAUGCCGGAAGUCUGUGAGCCCAUAUUUUCCCUCAGAAGAUUCCGCAUCUCCCUCCUGUGCCCGUUGGGAGAGGAACUUGUGUCCAUGCCCUGCCGCGCGGAGUCCUGCAGCCACGUGUCGAUUUUCGAUGCCGUGCUGUUCCUGCAGAAGAAUGAAGAGGAGGAAACUUGGAAGUGUCCAAUCUGUGACCAGGAGAUUCUCUUUCAAAAUCUCGUCAUAGAUGAAUAUUUCUUAAUGAUUCUCCAUAACAUCGUCUGUGAAGAUGUUGACUGUGAAGAGAUCGACGUUAUGUAUGAUGGCAGCUGGGUCCCGUCUGACUUCUGCCCGGAUGCAUAAGAAAUCGCUGAGAAACCAGGCAUCUUUGGCCGACGUUGUGAGACACCCUCCCCCGCCCACCCAUCCCACAGCCCACCGACUGCCAGUCUCUCGGACCACCAUCAUCCUAAGCGCUUGGGAAGUACAAGUUGGCAACAUACAGAGACGGUCCCUACCCAACAGUGGGCUCACAGUCU